AUGGCGACGGGGCAGGUGCUGUUUCAUCGGUUCUUCUAUUCGAAGUCCUUCGUCAAACACAGCUUCGAGAUUGUUGCUAUGGCCUGCAUCAAUCUUGCAUCCAAAAUCGAAGAGGCGCCUCGUCGUAUAAGGGAUGUGAUCAACGUGUUUCAUCACUUGCGUCAGUUAAGAGCAAAAAGGACUCCAAGCCCCCUGAUACUUGAUCAGAACUACAUAAACACCAAAAAUCAAGUAAUCAAAGCAGAAAGGAGGGUACUGAAGGAGUUGGGAUUUUGUGUUCAUGUCAAGCAUCCACAUAAGAUCAUCGUUAUGUAUUUACAAGUCUUAGAAUGCGAACGUAAUCAAACCCUGGUACAGACAGCCUGGAAUUACAUGAAUGACAGCCUUCGAACGAACGUGUUUGUUCGCUUUCAGCCAGAGACUAUAGCGUGUGCUUGCAUUUACCUCGCUGCCAGAGCUCUGCAGAUUCCACUGCCUACCCGUCCACACUGGUUCCUGCUCUUUGGCACCACGGAAGAGGAGAUUCAGGAGAUCUGCUUAACAACUCUCAAGCUCUAUACCAGGAAGAAGCCCAAUUAUGAAUUCCUGGAUAAAGAAGUAGAAAAGAGGAAAACAGCACUACAGGAAGCUAAACUGAAGGCAAAAGGUUUAAAUCCAGACGGAACUCCAGCACUGUCCACACUGGGUGGCUUUUCUCCUGCAUCCAAACCAUCUUCCCCGAGAGAAGUAAAAACGGAAGAGAAGUCUCCAGUAUCUCUGAAUACCAAAACCAUUAAAAAAGAGCCAGAAGAGAGGCAGCAAGCUUCAAAGAGCCCUUACAAUGGCAUGAGGAAAGAAAGCAAGAGAAGCAGAAGCAGCAGAAGUGCCAGUCGGUCCCGGUCGAGGACAAAGUCACGGUCUCGCUCUCACACGCCGCGGCGGCACUACAAUAAUCGCCGGAGCCUGUCUGGGACGUACAGCUCACGGUCGAGGAGCCGGUCCCGCAGCCACAGCGGCAGGCCCCCAAAACACGGCUCGCCGCACCUGAAGGCCAAGCACGGCAGGGAAGAGCUGAAGAGCGCCAACAGGCACGGCCACAAGAGGAAAAAGUCACGCUCGCGCUCGCAGAGCAAAUCCAGGGAGCAUUCUGACGCGGCCAAGAAGCACCGGCACGAGCGGGGACACCACCGGGAGCGGCGCGAGCGGUCCCGCUCCUUCGAGAGGCCUCACAAAGGCAAACACCACGGCAGCGGCCGGUCGGGCCACGGCAGGCACCGGCGCUGA